ACAAGAAACAGAAAAAAAAAAAUAAAAAAAAAGAACAUGUUCAAUCGAAACACCCACCAAUCAGGACCAACCCUACAACAUCCCAAACCAGUACCACCACCAUUCAACCUCCCAGCCUCACCACCCAUACCAGACAGCCAAACAUUCACCAGCAAUCAGAAUAACAAUAACCCAUACGGCCAUCCAACAAACGAUCGAAUCAGAACGAGCACGGCCUCAUCAUCAGACUACCAACGAUUCAGCUCACCCCCGGCUACUUCAAAUGAACUCGAUCAACCAUUCUUCUCAAACCCUUCUCAAGCACCUCAGAAUAACUUCAACCAGUUCCAGAACUCUCCCCCCAACCCACACCACCAACACCAUCUCCAACAUCAGCAACAGAACCCAUGGCCCAAUCCAAAUCCUAUCGGAAUCGGCCCUUCCAAUAACUUCUCAAACCCAUUCGGAGUUAAUGAUAUGACCGCACAGAUGGGCAUGCAAUUCGGCCAAUCCGCCAUGAAAGCUGGCUCUGAAUAUGUCGAGAAAAACUUAACGAGAUAUUUGCCUCUCACACAUCUAAAGCAUUCAUUCAACGUCUCGAACUUGUACGUGUUCAACAAGAUCAAGUUGAUCCUAUUUCCAUGGAGACAUAAACCCUGGUCAAGAUUAGUCCAACGUUCCGAAGUGUCUGGCCAAGUCGAAGGCUACCAACCACCUCGGGAGGACAUCAAUUGUCCUGAUGCUUAUAUUCCUGUGAUGGCCUUGAUGACUUAUAUUCUCCUGUCUGGAGCCGUCGCUGGUUCGAAAGGAAGAUUCGAUCCCGAGCUGCUAUCGAUCGCUGCAUCUCAAGCAUUAGGGAUAAUCUUUUUAGAGUUUUGUUGUAUAAAACUCGGAUGCUAUUUAUUGAAUAUUCAAGGAGACGGAGCAGUGAUAGACUUGGUAGCUUAUUCGGGAUACAAAUUUGUAGGGAUUAUCGUUAGCUUAUUGGCUAGCUUGGCUGGCUUGAGGUCUUCGAUUUGCUGGGCAAUAUUUGUUUAUGUGUUCGCAGCUAAUGCGUUUUUUCUGCUGAGAUCCUUGAGAUAUGUGAUCUUGCCUGAUCCAAGCGGACAGAGCUUUGGAUCAGCAACGACAUCGACCGUCAAUUCCACCCAAAAAUCAAGGCGGAUCCAAUUCCUAUUUGCUAUUUCAGUCAGUCAAUUAGCAUCCAUGUGGCUGUUAAGCAGAGUGUAAUAAAAAGAUGAAUGAAAUCAGAUUGUCUCUCACAUCUCCUGCUCUUAAAAGAGUUUCCAUCAUGUUUCCUUUUUCCCUCUUGUCAUUUUUUGUGCCCUCCUCCUUCAACAAAAAAAAACUCAAUCAAGAUAUUUAAGUAUCUUUUGUUUCAAAUGUUGUGCAUAAACAGUUUAGUAUCUUGUUUCCUCUCACCUGGUAGUUCCUUCUCCCCUUUUUUUUCUUUUGAUCAGCAGGAGGGGAAUAAGUCUUCAUAGUUUCUCUUGUUCAUACUUCCAUCAUCAUGCCAUUAUAUAUACAUAGAAGCUCUAUUUCUCUCUGUCUUCCUCUCACAAACACAAUCCAAUUUUCUCAGUUUGAAAAAAAGUUCAAGUAUC